GCAACCGGGUCUUUGCUUUUGGCUCCUACGAACCAGCAGGACUCCAUCACCAGCCAGCUUAAUGAGAGGGGGGUCACGUAGAGGAGAAGACAGAUGGUGAAGAUGAAAUCUGAAAGGGAGAAAAAACCCCUCUUCCCUUUUUCCUCGGGGUAUAAGUACCCCUGUUAUAGGACGGUCGAUGUCACGAAUUAUGUGGAAUUGUCUGAAGACCAAUCAUGGGGCUGUUGCCAUCUAGAUAGUGCGGGACUAUGAAUGGACAACGGGCAGAGGUUUGAUUUUUAAGGUAGUCUCCCGGAGAUGUCUCCGGAGGUACAACAAAUUCCAUGAUCAUUUAUAUCGCCAAUGCUGCAGUUGACCUAUGAUUAAUGGCACAUUUGCUUCAUAACUUGCGUUGUUUUGACUCUUAUGUUUCGUGUCAAACAUCCGUACUCGAUGCAUACAUAUAUCUGACACUUACGGCCAGCUCCCAGCUGCAUAAUGGUGUUAGAGGUUUGAUGCUGGACAUGUAUGAUUUCCAGAAUGACAUUUGGUUGUGUCACUCUUUUGGAGGACAAUGCUACAACUACACAGCUUUUCAACCUGCGGUUAAUGUUUUAAAAGAGGUUCAAGCAUUUCUUGAAGCAAAUCCAUCAGAAAUCGUUACCAUUAUCAUUGAAGAUUAUGUUACCUCUCCAAGGGGAUUGAGUAAAGUAUUCGAUGCUGCCGGCCUAAGGAAGUUCUGGUUUCCGGUAUCUCGAAUGCCAAAAAACGGUGGAAAUUGGCCGACGGUUGAUGAUAUGGUCCAAAAGAAUCAGCGCCUGGUGGUUUUCACCUCCAAGUCGGCUAAAGAGGCCUCUGAAGGUAUAGCUUAUCAAUGGAGAUACAUGGUAGAAAACCAAUAUGGAGACCGUGGGAUGGUUGGUGGUUCGUGUCCGAACCGAGCAGAAUCACCUGCGAUGAAUGUGAAAUCGAGGUCACUGGUCUUAGUCAACUACUUCCCCGAUAGACCUGACAUAACGCAAGCCUGCAAACACAAUUCAGCUCCAUUGAUUAACAUGACGAAAACGUGUUAUACGGCAGCCGGCAACCGGUGGCCGAACUUCGUUGCUGUAGAUUUUUACAAGAGGAGCGACGGCGGAGGUGCUCCAGAAGCCUUAGACGUGACGAACGGUCGUCUAGUUUGCGGAUGUGGAAACAUUGCCAAUUGCAAGGCAAAUAUGACAUUCGGAGUAUGCGGCAUACCUGAAGCGGGUACCGUCCCUGCACCAGGAUCAGUAGCACGUAAAUCAAGCUUUGCUCAUUUAGAUUGUCGACCGAUUGCAUCACAGUUACUGAUUGGCAUAAGUUUAGUAACAAUUCUCUUACAACUGUGAACACGAACUCAAAAACAUCUCCUUGUUUUUCUGGAACACAGUGGUUCGGAUUAUCGGUACGUAGUUUAUUCUUCUGCUUCAAUGGUUGCAGUAGAUUUUGGUUUAA